AAUUCCCUUGCAAAGAAAACAAGAGAAAAAUGGCUGGAGCUUUGAUCGGAGAGGCCCUUAUUUCUGCUUCCAUCGAAGUGAUUUGUGAUAGAAUUGCUUCACGCGAGUUCGUCGACUUAUUUCGGCACAAGAAACUGGAUCAACCUCUCCUUGAUAAACUGAGGAGGACGUUGUUGACCUUGAAUGCAUUUCUCGAUGAUGCGGAGAAGCAAAUUGAGAAACCAACUGUGAGAGAGUGGCUUGACGACCUCAAACACGCUGUCUUUGACGCGGAAGACUUGCUGGAUGAGAUCAACUAUGAAGAUUUGCGAUGCAAGCUGAAAGGUGAUGCUCAAACCGACAAUUUCACAAGUAAGGUGUGUACCUUCCUCCCUACUUCUCGUAAUAAAUUUUAUCGAAGGAUGAAUGCUAAGAUACAAGAGUUGUUACAAAGAUUAGAAAAUUUUGUACAACUGAAAGGUGCUCUUGGUCUGAGAGAAAAUGUUGGGCGAAAGGUUGCACCAAGAACUCCAACAACUUCCUUGGUUCAUGAACCUUGUGUAUAUGGGAGAGAUGAAGCCAAACAAAAUUUAUUAGAAGUGUUAUUCGAUGAUGCAAGUGAGGAAAAUGUGUCUGUCAUCCCCAUUGUUGGAAUGGGUGGGGUUGGCAAGACAACCCUUGCUCGAAUGCUUUACAAUGACAAUAAGGUGAAAGAGCAUUUUACCCUUAAGGCUUGGGCUUGUGUUUCAGAAGAUUAUGAUGCUAUCAGGGUAACUAAAACUCUUCUCGAGUCAGUGACUUCAAAACCUUGUAAAAAGACAGAUCUGAAUUUGCUUCAAGUUGAGCUAAGUGAAGAACUGAGGGGGAAGAAAUUUUUGUUUGUAUUGGAUGACCUUUGGAAUGAGAAAUAUACUGAUUGGAACUACCUCCAAACUCCUUUUACUUCAGGAGCAAGGGGAAGUAAAGUCCUCGUAACAACACGGAACACAAAUAUAGCAUCUUUCAUGCAAAAUGUUCCUAUUCAAACCUUGGAACCAUUGUCGCAUGAAGAUUGCUGGUUCUUACUUGCAAAACAUGCAAAUGUAAACUCUAGUUCACAUCCAACCUUGGAAGAAAUUGGCAAGAAAAUUGCACGCAAGUGCAAUGGGUUGCCUUUAGCUGCACAAACACUUGGCGGUUUGUUACGUUCCAGGCUGGACUCUGAGGUAUGGAACAGAGUACUAAAUAGCAGCAUUUGGGAUUUACCUUAUGAGAAAAGUGACAUUCUUCCUGCUCUAGGAUUGAGUUAUCAUUAUCUUCCAGCUAAGUUAAAGCGAUGCUUUAUUUAUUGUUCAAUUUUUCCAAAAGACUAUGAAUUUAAGAUAGAAGAUAUUGUUUUUCUUUGGAUGGCGGAAGGUUUAAUUCCCCAAGCGGAGAAUGGGGAUAGCAUGGAAGAAGUGGCUAAGGGAUAUUUUGAUGAACUGUUAUCCCGAUCACUGUUUCAAACGUCGGGGAAAUCAAGUUUCGUUAUGCAUGAUCUCAUCAAUGACUUGGCGGUGUUCAUGUCUAAAGGAUUUUGCUCCAGGUGGGAAGGGAGGGAAUCACAUGAAGUAGAAAGAGUUCGCCAUUUGUCAUAUGCUAGGGAAGAAUUAGAUGUUGCUGUUAAAUUUGAGCCAUUAAAAGAGACUAUGCGUUUGCGUACCUUCCUAUCUAUCUCUUUAAACCCAUAUUACAGAUAUGAACGUUAUUAUGUAAGUAAAAAGGUUCUGCAUAAUUUGUUGCCAUCACUAACAUGUUUACGGGUGUUGUCAUUGUCUUGUUAUACGAAUGUCACCGAGUUACCUGAUUCCAUUAAAAAGCUCAUUCACUUGCGCUAUUUCGAUCUCUCUAAUACUGAAAUUGAAACGUUACCUAGUGUACUUUGCAGCCUCUACAAUUUGCAGACAUUAUUAUUGUCAAAUUGUUCCCGUCUCGUUGAAUUACCUGCAGACUUGAGAAAAUUGAUAAAUUUACAGAAAUUAAUGUUGGGAGGUUGUUAUUCUCUCACUAAAUUGCCUGAAGACAUGUGGGAAUUAAUUAAUUUGCAUCAUCUUGACGUGAGUGGAACUAAAAUUGCAGAGAUGCCAAUGCAAAUGAGUACGUUGAAAAGCUUGAGAACAUUGUCCGAUUUUAUUGUGGGCAAAUCUACUGGGUCGACUAUUGGAGAAUUGGGGGAGCUUCCACAUCUUGGAGGAAAACUUUCAAUUUUGCAGCUACGAAAUGUAGUUGAUGCUAGGGAUGCCUUGCAAGCAAAUUUGAAGGAUAAGAAAGAUCUCAAAGAAGUGGGAGGAAUGGGUACCAAGUGGAAGUGGAGGUGUAGACUUUCCUUGUCUCCAGGAGCUCUUCCUAUGGGAGUGUCCGAAGCUGAGAGGAAGCUUGCCUUGUGA